CUCAAAGCAACCCUUCGUGUAAACAGAUCAGCCGCUGAAACCUGAUCUUUGUGUUUGGGACAGAGAUAAUGGGGCUGAAAGGAUCCAAGCUCCCCGAUGCUCGCAUUCUACUCUUCGGCCUUGACGGAGCAGGUAAAUCCACACUCCUCUUCAAACUGAAAUACAACGAGCGUUUCCACACAGUCCCGACCAUCGGCUUCAACGUGGAGAUGAUGGAAGCUAAGCAGAAUAGAAAGAAGAUCACUCUGACCGUGUGGGACGUAGGAGGACAGGAAAAGAUGAGGACGUACUGGAGGAAUUUCUACCAAGACACGGCUGGACUCCUGUUCGUUGUAGACUGUGCCGACGGUACACGUCUGGACGAGGCCAAGAGGGAACUUGAACAUGCACUUAAAAACGAGCACCUCAGGAACCUUCCUCUGGUGAUCCUGGCCAACAAACAGGACAGGAACGGAGCCCUGACAGCCACCGAGCUCACGGAGAGGUUCAACCUGAGGAUGCUCUGCAACGACAGGAACUGGUUUGUUCAGCCGUGCUCAGGACUGACUGGUGCUGGACUUUUGGAUGGGUUUAGGAGGAUGGCCCACCUGGUUAAGACCACCUCGGAUAAUAAUAUUAAAGAGACAGUAAAGUAUUUGAGGAAGUCCGUAAAAAAUUGAACUGUUUUAACAUAAUAUUGUACUUAAUAUUUAGCAAGAAAUCUUCUAUUUAAGCAGCUGUCUUUUUUUUUAAUUACAUAACUACAAUUUUUGGAUUUUAAAUAUUGGAAAUAAAAAGUAAUUGCCACUUUUAGA